AUGUCUGACACUGGCCGCAAGCCCUUGAUUGACCAGGCGCAAGAGAAGAUCACGCCCGACUCUCAGAAGUCCACCCUCGACAAGACCAAAGAGUCUGCCACUGGCACUGCCGACAACAUUGCAGGAAUGGUCCAGCCCGGAGACAGCAAGUCCACCACCCAGAAGCUCUCUGAUGAGACCUCGGCCAAGACCACCUCGAUUCAAGACACUUUAUCCGGUGCCACGAAGAGUGCUCAAGACACUGCCUCCUCUUUGGGCCAGCAGGCGAGCUCCACCGCCGGUGCCGCACAGCAGUCAGGCAAGGAAUAUGUGCAACAGGCGCAAGACACUGCUUCCUCGGUUGGCCAGACGGCCAGUUCCAAUGCUGCCGCCGCACAAGAGUCAGGCAAGAGUGUUCUGCAACAGGCUCAGGACAUGGCCGCCAGUGCUCUGAACAGUGCCAGCAAAGCCGCGUCGGAUCUUGCUAGCAGCAUUUCCGGCGAGAAGAAAUAG